AUGAAGUUCUCGAAGCCUAAUCAUACCUUGGAAAAGGCUGCAACUUUGUGGCUGUCAGCUGCAAGUAUCAGCUUCUGCGCCGGUACUACGGCAGCUGCCGAGACGGACUGGAUUGCGAAAAGCAAUGUGAACACGCAGAUCCUCCUCGAUGCCAUGGGGGAACUCUCGCCCGAGGACUUUGGCAGCAUUGGCGUGGAAGGAGUCGAUGAAAACAUCACCGACAGGAUCGAGGGUUGGCAGAAGCGAGCAGAGUCUUUACUAACUGGGGUUCUCGAGGAGUUCGAAGGGACCCUGGCCAGUGAAACGGAUCGAAGAGUCAAGGAAGACCUCAACAUUCUGAUUGACAGCACUAACGAACGUCUCCUAAGUGCCGAGCUCAACAGUGCGUACUUGAUUCCCUACAUGAACGUAGGUGAGUUCAUCUUCAACGAAAUCAAUUCUUUGCUCAGACCGACUGCCCCUUCGCUUCGAUACCCUGCCGCCGUUGUUCGGAUGCAGAGGUAUGCCGGUCUUGAAGAAGGAUACGAGCCAUUGGCUGAACUGGUCAAGAUGGAAUCGAUGGCUGCAUUAGAUACCGAUGGCUUAAUGGGGCCAUUUCGAGGACAAGUGGAACGUGAUAUUGAGAUAUCCGAAACAUUCAUUACCGGUAUUGAAGAUCUUUUUGUGACCGCUGAACUCGAUGGUUGGCAAGCCGCCUACUCAAUCCUCUCGCAGCAAUUGCGGAACUACACUUUAUGGGUGGAGGCAGAAAUCUUGCCACGUGCCCGUAACAGUUCCCAGUUGCCACCCGAUCUAUACGCCCUCCAAUUGAGUUCUUGGGGAAUCAAGGCCGACCCGAACGCCCUUAUUGAGCGCGGCCUUCAGGAGUAG